UACGAGUGAAACUACCACCAACACAACUCCGACAACCUUACGGAGAUCGCGUUCGGCUUCAAUCCGGGGGAGGAGAAAGAAGAAACUCGACGCUAACUCGUCCGUGUCAACUCGGAACGUCCACAGUGAUCAAUUCAACAUUCAAGUGUUUGAUCUAUUGGUUCGAUCUGAUUCUAUUAUUGAAGGUUAAUUUUAGGCCUGUUCUAUUUCAUUGGGACAUCCAGCAAAUCAUUGAAUUUUUUCUUUAAAUUCUAGUCAACUACCCAUAAACUUCUGCAACCAUGAGUUUUGUUUUUCGAGGGAGUCGAACAGACAUAGAAAGUGGAUUUCCAGGAUUUAUUCCUGAGAGGCGUGCAGUGCGUGUUCAUGCAGCUCGCCCUGUUAAUACCAACUCGCUUGCUUUUCUGGUCACAGUUCUUUUGCUGUUCAUGAUACUAAACUCACACCAGAUGUCACCUAACUUUCUGAUCUGGCUGGUUCUUGGCAUCUUUCUGAUGGCCACAACCCUCAGGAUGUAUGCAACUUGUCAGCAACUUCAAGCUCAGGCACAAGCUCAUGCUGCAGCAGCCAGUGGUCUUCUUGGUCACACAGAAUUGCGGUUGCAUAUGCCACCAUCCAUAGCACUUGCAACAAGAGGGCGUUUACAAGGCCUUAGGCUCCAACUUGCACUUCUUGACAGGGAAUUUGAUGACCUAGAUUAUGAAACUUUGAGAGCACUGGAUUCUGAGAAUGUACCUACAACUCCUUCAAUGAGUGAGGAAGAGAUAAAUGCUCUUCCUGUGCACAAGUACAAGGUUGCUGGCACUCAAGGUGGUGGCUCAUCAAUGCAACAGGGCUCAUCUUCGGCCUCAGCUGAGCAGAAGAAACAAGACAUUAACAACGCGGUUGCGAGCACAAAGGCCCCAGAUGACGAAUUGACUUGCAGUGUUUGCUUGGAGCAAGUUAAUGUGGGAGAAUUAAUCCGUAGCUUACCAUGUUUGCAUCAGUUCCAUGCAAACUGCAUUGACCCAUGGCUAAGGCAACAGGGAACAUGUCCUGUGUGUAAAUUUAGAGCAGCACCCGGUUGGCAAGAAAAUGGACAAGGUGGAAUGGAUGCUUCUUACAUGGUUUGAUUGCUUUAACAAUCCCAUACAUCAAUGUACCUAAUUAAUAUACCUAUAUAUACAAAAUACAUCCAUGGAUCAAAAUGAAUGGUCUAUAUGACAAAUUACAAGCUGUCUGGACUGGUGCACUCCUCUUUUAACUUGUAUUUCAGAGAAAUGACAGAAUACUGGAUUCAUCAAUCACCCAACAUAAUUGUAUCCUUGAAAUUGCAUCUACUGAUGUAUUUUAUUAUGGAUGUGAAAACCUUUUUCUUUUGGGUAUGCAUUCCUGUAAGGAAAUAGAUUCUCCUA